AUGAAGUCCACCAUCUUCACCACCACCCUCGCCACCCUUCUCCUUCACACCAGCACCUCCCUCGCGGCCCCCAAUGCCCAACCCGUCAAAGGCGCAGGUCUGAUCACCGGAUGGUCCAAGCCUGUCACGUAUUGCAACUAUGGCUGGACUGGCAACGGAGGUUGUGAAGCCAAGGGAAAAUGGACUUUCUGCUGCUCUUCAAAAGCAGGUGGAAACUUUGAAAACUCGAAAUUUUACACAGAGGAUGCAGGUUUGGGAGGAUGCUAUGAUGGUGGCGUUAUCUUGUGCGCCGAGUAA